AAAGAAAUGGAAGUGGCCGGAAUUGCAGAGGAAUCGGUCCAGUUACAGCCAGUGAAAUUGCCGGAGCCUUGGGCAGAAAUCACCUGGAAGGUUACACUAGACUCAGCACAGACGUAUCGGAUUGUAACAUUUAAUAAAAGUGAACCCCCUGACCAUGGGGCAUCCCCACAUUUUAUCAACAGAGUCACUUUCCACCCUGAAAAUCUCUCAUUGAAGAUUGAUCCAGUAAAUAAGUCAGACAGUGGCCUCUAUUCCUUGAUAAUUGACAUUGGAGGAGGCCGUGAAGACAUCAUGAAGUUCCGUGUCUCUGUGUUUGAGCGAGUCCGGCAGCCAAACCUCACGGUGCUCUCUGCCCACGCGGAGCUCGGCCAGUGCAACGUUACCCUGUCCUGCUCGGUGCCUGGCGCUGACAGAGUCACCUACAGCUGGUCCCGAGGCACGUCCCAGAUCCCGUCUGACCGGGACCAUCAGCUCCCUGGGCACCAAUCCCUGCUGCACGUAGCGAUUAAUGCAAACAGCAGUGACGUCUUCUACCGAUGUAACGCUAGUAACCGAGCCAGCUGGGAUGCAGACACUGUAGCUGUCAAAUCAUUGUGCGACUCCCCAGUCACAGACUUUUUUCAGAAAGUCCCACUCUGGGCAAUUGUUGCUGCAGGGCUGGGGCUGCUGCUUCUGCUCACGGUGCUCACCCUCAUCUUCCUCUGCAAGCAUCGGAAGAAGCAACGCUCCUCCAAAGACGGUGACCCGUCCCUCACCAUCUAUGAGGAAGUGGAGGACGCCCGCCCCAGAAGAAACGCU